GGGCCCCAGGGCAGGAACACAUACACCUUGUCCAUCCGUCCAUCUGUCUGCUGCUGUGUACCUGCUGUGCCUGCCAUGUCUCUGUCCCCGUGCCAACCCCAGAGGGGCUUCAGCACUCGUUCAGCCUGUUCUGCUCUCUCAAGGGGCUGUGGCAGGGGCAGCUUCAGCAGUAGGAGCCUCGUUUCCUUUGAGAGGUGCCGAGGAGGCUCUCGAGGAAGGGCUUGGGGGUCUCGGGGAAGGCUAGAGAUGCGGUCUGGGCAAGGGAGUGGUGGGCCUGGGCUUGCCUUGUGCCCUACAGGGGGUAUCCAAGAAGUAACCAUCAACCAGAGUCUGCUGACUCCCCUGAAGAUUGAGAUCGACCCCCAGUUCCAAGUGGUGAAGACACGGGAGACCCAAGAGAUCCGAAAUCUCAAUAACCAGUUUGCUUCCUUCAUUGACAAGGUUCGGUUCCUAGAGCAGCAGAACAAAAUCCUAGAGACCAAGUGGCACCUGCUGCAGCAGCUGGAGGUGAGUGACGGUCCCCAGAGCCUGGAGUCUGUCUUCGAGGCCCACCUGGCCCAGCUCAGGAAGCAGUUGGAGCAGCUGCAGAGAGAACGAGGGACUCUGGAUGCCGAGCUGACAACUUUCCAGAAACAGGAGGAGGAGUAUAAGGCCAAGGGUGAGCUGGAGGCCCACAGGCAUGCCACAGUGGAGAAUGAGUUUGGUGUCCUCAAGAAGAAGGCAGAUGGGACUUUCCUGAGCAAGAUGGAGUUGGAAGGCAAACUGGAGGCUCUGAAAGAAUUCUUCUGCUUCUUGACUCAACUGUAUGAAGAAGAACGGAAUCAGCUGCAGACACAGGGGAGCGACAGAUCUGUGGUGCUGUCCAUGGACAACAGCCGCUGCCUGGACUUCAGUGACAUCAUCGCUGAGGUCCGUGCCCGGUAUGAGGAGAUUGCUUGGACCAGCAAAGCCGAGGCUGAGGCCCUGUUCCAGAACAAGUACAAGGAGCUUCAGUCAUCAGCUCAACUUCAUGGGCAUAGCAUGAAGGAAACCAAGAUCCAGAUCUCCCAGCUGCAGCAUGUGAUCCAGGAGCUUCAGAGUCAGAUUUCCAGCCUCAAGGGCCAGAAUGCCAACCUGCAGUCUGCCAUCAGUGAUGCUGAGCAGCGUGGGGAGCUGACCCUCAAGGAUGCCAAGAGCAAGCUAGAUGAGGUUGAGGAUGCUCUGAGAACAGCCAAGCAGGAUAUGGCCAGGCUGCUUCGAGACUACCAGGAGCUCAUGAGCACCAAGCUGUCCCUGGACGUGGAGAUCGCCAUGUACCGAAGGCUGCUGGAGGGCGAGGAGUGCAGGAUAUCUGGGGAGUGCACCAGCCAGGUCACUAUCUCCACAAUGGGAGGCAGUACCAUUGUGCCUGGAGGAGCUGGUGGCAACCAAGGGGGCACUUGUGAAUUCAGAGGUGGGAAAGGCAGCUUUGGAUCCAGCUGCUCCAGUGUCGUGACUGGAGGCUUUGGCAACACCCUGGGCUCUGGUCAAGGCCCUACUUUGGGCUCUUGCUCUGUGUCUGGCUCUGGCUUCAGCUCUGGCUCCAGCUCCAGCCACCAUACCAUCCUGAAGGAGACAGUGGAGUCAAGUCUGAAGACAUCCAUCAAAUACUGAGUGACCUGGUGACCACCUCCUUCCUGGACCCAUCAGCUCUGCUCCUACCCUGUCCUCUGGCUCUGCAUAGCCAGCCCUGAAUCACUGCCCACCUCCCAAGCCAGCCCAAGGGGAUCCUGAGAAAGUCAAUAAAGUCCCACCCACCUGCUGUCCUGAGCA